AUGGAUGAAGAGGAGGGAGGAUCGGAGGAGGCCGCACUGCUCAGGCAACAUCGGAAGGAGAAGAAGGAUGUGCAGGCCAAAAUCCAGUGCAUGAAAAAUGCCGUGCCUAAAAAUGACAAGAAAAGAAGAAAACAGCUAACAGAAGAUAUCGCUAAGCUGGAAGCUGAACUGGAUGAAAAACACAAACAAGAGCUUGCAACCUUGGUACAGAAGGAGUCUACCCAGACAGAGAUCAAAAGUGUCACUAACGGGGUCACGGGCUUAGAUCUUGGAGCUGAUGUGCCUGCUCAGCAACCUCGUGUGUCUAAAGCACAAAAAGAGACGGAGAAGAAGGCAGCCUUGGAGAAAGAGAGGGAUGAGCGUAUAGCAGAAGCUGAAAUUGAGAACCUGUCUGGAGCUCGGCACCUGGAAAGUCAGAAACUUGCCCAAAUCCUAUCAGAGAGACAACAGCAGAUCAAACAUAUCCCAUCAGAUGGUCACUGCAUGUACAGAGCUAUUGAACAUCAGUUGAAGGAACGGGCUGUGAAUCUGACUCUUUCCAAUCUCAGGCACCAAACUGCGGACUACAUGCAGAGCCAUGCAGAUGACUUCCUGCCAUUCCUAACCAAUUCUGCCACAGGGGACUUGUACACCCCAGAUGAGUUUGAGAAGUACUGCAGUGAAAUUGCAAACACACCAGCAUGGGGCGGACAGUUGGAGCUCAGGGCUUUGUCUCACAUCCUGAAGACCCGUAUAGAAGUCAUCCAAGCAGACUCCUCCCCUAUUUUUAUUGGUGAGGAGUACAUGGGGACACCAAUCACUGUAGUAUAUAUGCGACAUGCCUAUGGACUGGGGGAGCAUUAUAACUCCAUAGAACCACUAAGUGCUACACCUACAGAAUAG